AUGGCGAAGGAGGAGGAUGAAGAGAAGAAAGCCAAGAAGGGGAAGAAGGGGAAGAAGGCCCCAGAGCCGGAGAAGCCCAAACGGAGCCUGAAGGGGACGUCGCGGCUGUUCAUGGGCUUCCGAGACCGCACGCCCAAGGUUUCCAAGAAGGGCCAGUUCCGGAGUGCGUCGGCCUUCUUCUGGGGCCUCCACACCGGCCCGCAGAAGACCAAGCGCAAGAAGAAGGCGCGCACGGUGCUCAAGUCCACGUCGAAGCUCAUGACGCAGAUGCGCGUGGGCAAGAAGAAGCGGGCCAUGAAGGGCAAGAAGCCAUCCUUCAUGGUCAUCCGCUUCCCCGGCCGCCGCGGCUACGGCCGCCUGCGCCCGCGGGCCCGCUCCCUCAGCAAGGCGUCCACCGCCGUCAACUGGCUCACCAGGAAGCUCCUCCUCAGGAAGGCCGAGGAGUCGGGCAGCGAGCAGGCCGCGCUGGACGCUUGGCUCCGGCGGCCCGGCCCCCGCGCGGGCUCCAGCAAGCUGCCCUUCCCGUCGGGCGCCGAGAUCCUGCGGCACGGCGGCCGCCUGCGCCGCUUCCCACGCGGCAGCAGCAUCUACGCGUCGGGGGAGCCCGUGGGCUUCCUGCCCUUCGAAGACGAGGCCCCGUUCCGGCACGCGGGCUCCCGCAGGUCCCUGUACGGGCUCGAGGGCUUCCAGGACCUGGGCGAGUACUACGACUACCACCGCGAGGGCGACGACUACUACGACCUGCGGUCGCUCAGCCAGUACGAGGAGGAGCAGGCGCCCUACGCGGCCGGCCACGGCCCCUACGGCCUGGCCUGGCCGCCCUACGGGGACUACCUCCGCGGAUUCCCGCCCCACGACCCCUACAGCUACUACCACCCCGACGUCUACGGCGGCCCCUUCUACACCACCUACGGCUACGAGGACUAUGAGCCCCCCUACGCUGCCCCGGCCGGGUACGGGGCUCCCUACGGCUACUACGACGGCUACGGGGGCGAGGCAUACCCGUACGGCCACUCCCUGGACCCCUACACGCCUCUCGAGGCGCCCUACCCGCCCUACGACCUCCAGUACGGGGGGCCCUACACGGACCCCUACCUGGACCCCUACGGCGCCACCUACGGGCGGGGCGUGUACGGCGGGGACCAGGCCGUCUACGCGCCGGAAGCGCCCCACCUCUACCCCGAGGAGCCGGCCUUCGCCUACCCCUGGGUGCCGCCGCCCAUCCUGUCCCCCCACAACCCCUACGCCCACCCCAUGGACGACAUCGCGGAGCUGGAGGAGCCUGAGGAGGCGGGCGGGGAGCGACCCCGCACGUCCUUCCGCCUGCCCAGCGCCGCCUUCUUCGAGCAGCAAGGCAUGGACAGGCCGUCCAGGUCCAAGCUGUCCCUCAUCCGCAGGUUCCGCCUCUUCCCGCGGCCCCAGGUGAAGCUGUUCGGGAAGGAGAAGCUGGACGUGCCCCUGCCCCCCUCCUUGGACAUCCCUCUGCCCCUGGGGGACGCGGAUGAAGAGGAGGAGGAGGAGGAGCUGCCCCCGGUGCCCGCGGUGCCCUAUGGCCACCCCUUCUGGGGCAUUCUGACCCCCCGCCAGCGGCACCUCCAGCGCGCCCUGUCGGCCUUCGGCGCCCCCCGCGGCCUGGGCUUCGGCCCCGCGUUCGACCGGCCGCCGCCUCGCCCGGCCACCUCCCUGGCACGCUUCCUCAGGAAGACGCUGUCGGAGCAGCCGCCGGCCCCGCGGCCCCGGGGCAGCCAGAAGGCCCGGCUGGGCGGCCCCGCGGCGCGCGAGGCGGCCUACAAGCGUUUCGGCUACAAGCUGGCGGGCAUGGAUGCCGAGCGGUCCGGCACGCCCGUCGUGCUCCGGCGCGCCCAGGCGCGGGCGCGCAACAACAACAACUCCCACGGCGCGCCCGGCCCCGCGCCCGCGCAGCCCCUGCCGCACUGGAGCGCGCUCGCCGCGCCCCCGCCCGCGCCCUCGGGGCCGCCGCUGUCGCCAGCCUGGGCCGCCCCCGCGCACGUGCCCCUCGCGCCCCUGCCCGGCUGGUGGGCCUUCGCCGAGCCCCCGCCCGCGCGGCCCGAGCUGCCUCCCGAGCUGCUGGCCGGCCCCGGCCUCGGGCCCUCCUUCCGCGGCUCCCGACGGCCGGUUCCAUUCGGCCUGCCCGGGCCCUCCCCGCGGGCGUCGCGCAGGCGGGCCUGGUCGCCCCGGCCCUCGCCCCAGCCUUCGCUGAGGAGCCUGCCCGGCCUGGGCUAUCGCUCGCCCACGGGGCUCGCCUCUCCGCAGCCCUCCAUCCGCUCCGGCCCCUUCCAGCCUCCCUUCUCGCCCCCGCUGCGCCGCCCGCACUCGCUGCGGGAGCCCAUCCCGCGCCGCGCCUCAGCGCGCCUGGGCCCACCCCGCUCGCCGGUGCUCAGCUCCCCGCGGCCGGGCUCCCCGCCAGCCCUGCUGGGCCCCAGCGCCAGGAGUGGCUCACUCAACCUGCCGUCACGCCUCCCGCACACGUGGCGCCGUCUCAGCGAGCCCCCCACCAGGGCCGUGAAACCCCGCGUGCGCCAGCCCUUCCACCUGCCUCUGGGGCCUGGGGCCUGGCCGGCGGCUGCCCGAGAGCCCCGAGAGAAUCAGCCAGAGGAUGCAGAGACACCCUGGACAGUGCCGCCACUAGCUCCCAGCUGGGACGUGGACAUGCCUUCUGCUCAGCGGCCCCCUUCGCCCUGGCCAGGAGGUCCCAGCAGCCGCCGAGGCUUUUCCAGGCCAUCCCCAGUGCCGGAAAACCCCUUCCUCCAGCACGUAGGCCCAGUGCCGUCCCCUGCUUCCCACUCGGAAAACCCAGCCUCUGACUCCACCAGUGUCAUCCUGGGCGGACACCAUGAGCCAGGUCCCGGACAGCUGGUCAAGUCCGCCCGCCCCAACCCAGGGAAGCCAGAGGAGACUGCCCCACCUCAAGAGGUGGAAGGGGACUCUCAAACGCCGAAAGAACCUGAGUACCCCGACCAGUCACCCCCCAAGGAUUCUCACCCAGAGCAGAAGGCACUAAGGCUCAGCCUCUCCCAACCACUGGCCACAUAUGACCAGACAAGGGCCUCAUGCCCCCCAUGGCGCCGCUGGGGGACACUACCCAGUGUUCUGGCCCCUUUGGCACCCACUGGGACCCCAGCCCCCCUGCCCAAAGCAGGUGCGCAGCAUCGGGCAGUGCCCAGUCGUUUCGCUGUGGUCACGCCUCAGGUGCACAAGGUGGGUUCUGUUCAGAGAAUUGGUGCCGCCCUGCAGCCCUCUAUCCAGCUGCCCCAGGCCUCAGGACCUGGCCCCAAGCCGAGAGCCUGGAAUCUGCUCUGGUCCUGCCUCUGGAUGAGAGUGAAAGCCCACCAACCUUUUCUGCAAGGACCCUCCAACCUCAAGUCCUGCAGCCUGGGCCCGGGAACUUCCUGCCUGCCCCAGGGGAGCACCUGGGAAGAGAUUGGUCUCAAAAGCUGGAACAAGAUGCACUCCAUCCGCAACCUGCCGUCCGCGCGGUCCCGUGAGCAGUGCAGCGAGGAUGGUGUGGAGGACAUGACACAGCUGGAAGAUCUCCAGGAGGCUACUGUGCUGUCCAAUCUCAAGACCAGAUUUGAACGGGACCUCAUCUACACGUACAUCGGCAGCAUCCUGGUGUCAGUGAAUCCAUACCGAAUGUUUGGAAUCUACGGGCUGGAGCAGGUGCAGCAGUACAGAGGGAAGGCCCUGGGAGAGAAUCCUCCGCACCUCUUUGCAAUUGCAAAUCUUGCCUUCGCCAAAAUGCUUGAUGCCAAACAGAACCAGUGCAUAAUCAUCAGUGGAGAGAGUGGCUCUGGGAAAACAGAGGCCACGAAGUUGAUUCUACGCUACCUGGCCGCCAUGAACCAGAAACGAGGCAUCAUGCAGCAGAUAAAGAUCCUGGAAGCUACACCCCUCCUGGAGUCAUUUGGUAAUGCCAAAACUGUCAGGAACGACAACUCAAGCCGCUUUGGGAAGUUCAUGGAGAUCUUUCUGGAAGGGGGUGUAAUCUCUGGUGCCAUAACCUCCCAGUACCUCCUGGAGAAGUCCAGAAUCGUGUUUCAGGCCAAGAAUGAGAGGAACUACCACAUUUUCUACGAGUUGCUGGCCGGCCUGCCUGCCCAGCUCCGGCAGGCCUUCAGCCUUCAGGAGGCAGAAACCUACUACUAUCUUAACCAGGGAGGGAACUGCGAGAUCUCAGGGAAGAGUGACGCCGAUGACUUCCGCCGGCUCCUGGCGGCCAUGGAGGUGCUGGGCUUCAGUGGGGAGGACCAGGACAGCAUCUUCCGCAUCCUGGCCUCCAUUCUGCACCUAGGCAAUGUGUACUUUGAGAAGUAUGAGACAGGUGCCCAGGAGGUGGCCUCGGUGGUGAGUGCCCGUGAGAUCCAGGCUGUGGCGGAGCUGCUGCAGAUCUCCCCCGAGGGCCUGCAGAAGGCCAUCACCUUCAAAGUGACCGAGACAAUGCGAGAAAAGAUCUUCACGCCCCUGACCGUGGAAAGCGCCGUGGAUGCCCGGGAUGCUAUUGCCAAGGUUUUGUAUGCUCUGUUGUUCAGCUGGCUCAUCACCAGGGUCAAUGCCCUGGUGUCCCCACAGCAGGACACGCUGUCUAUUGCCAUCCUGGACAUCUAUGGCUUUGAGGACCUGAGCUUCAACAGUUUCGAGCAGCUGUGCAUCAACUACGCUAACGAGAACCUUCAAUACCUUUUUAACAAGAUUGUCUUCCAGGAGGAGCAGGAGGAGUACAUGCGGGAGCAGAUAGACUGGCGUGAGAUCACCUUUGCCGACAACCAGCCUUGCAUCAACCUCAUCUCGCUGAAGCCCUAUGGCAUCCUGCGCAUCCUGGACGACCAGUGCUGCUUCCCACAGGCCACAGAUCACACGUUUCUGCAAAAGUGCCAUUACCAUCAUGGCGCCAACCCACUGUACUCCAAACCCAAGAUGCCACUGCCUGAGUUUACUGUCAAGCACUACGCAGGCAGAGUCACCUACCAGGUGCACAAGUUCCUGGACAAGAACCAUGACCAGGUGCGCCAGGAUGUGCUAGAUUUGUUCAUGCGGAGCCGGACUCGGGUGGUGGCACACCUCUUCUCCAGCCACACCCUACAGACCCCUCAGCGCCUGGGCAAGAGCAGCUCUGUCACCCGGCUCCACAAGGCACACACAGUUGCAGCCAAGUUCCAGCAGUCACUCCUGGAUCUGGUGGAAAAGAUGGAGCUGUGUAACCCCUUGUUCGUGCGUUGCCUGAAACCUAACCACAAGAAGGAGCCAGGCCUUUUUGAGCCCGAUGUGGUCAUGGCACAGCUGCGCUAUUCGGGGGUACUGGAGACUGUGCGGAUCCGAAAGGAGGGCUUCCCGGUGCGACUGCCCUUCCAGCUCUUCAUCGACAGGUAUCGCUGCCUGGUGGCCCUCCAGCAUGAUGUACCUGCCAGCGGGGAUGUGUGUGUGUCGGUGCUGAGUCGCCUGUGCACAGUCAUGCCAAACAUGUACCGUGUCGGCAUUAGCAAGCUCUUCCUGAAGGAGCACUUGCACCAGCUGCUGGAGAGCAUGCGGGAGCACGUCCUGAACCUGGCUGCCCUCACACUGCAGCGCUGCCUCCGAGGCUUCUUCAUCCACCGGCGCUUCCGCUCCCUACGCCGCAAGAUCAUCCUGCUGCAGAGCCGGGCCCGGGGCUACCUGGCCAGGCAGCGUUACCAGCAGAUGAGGAGGAGUCUGGUAAAGUUCCGGUCCCUGGUGCACACCUACGUGAGCCACCGGCGUUACCUCAAGGAGCUGAACAAGCGGGAGGUGGUGGCCGUGGGGCACCUGCAAGUCCCAGCGGAGCUGGCCAGGCUCCUGCGAGCAGCAGCAGGCAUCGGGCCGACCCAGGUGCCCCAGGUGUGCCCUGUACGGACUCCACGGCUCCAGGCUGAGCCCCGUGUCACACUGCCCCUGGACAUCAACAACUACUCCAUGGUCAAGUUUGUCCGAUGCCACUUCAAGGAACCUGCUUUCGGGAUGCUGACAGUGCCCCUGCGAUCGCCCCUCACACAGCUGCCCAUCGAGCACCACCCAGAGGCCAUGAGCAUCUUCCAGCUGAUUCUACGUUUCAUGGGCGACCCCCACCUGUGUGGUGCCCAGGAGAAUGUCUUCGGGAACUACAUUGUGCAGAAGGGACUGGCAGUGCCUGAGCUGCGGGAUGAGAUCCUGGCACAGCUGGCCAACCAAGUGUGGCACAACCCCAAUGUCCACAAUGCUGAGCGGGGCUGGCUCCUGCUGGCCGCCUGCCUCAGUGGCUUUGCACCUUCCUCACGCCUCAACAAGUACCUGCUCAAGUUUGUGUCUGAUUACGGGCCUCAGGGCUUCCAGGCUGUCUGUCAGCACCGCCUCAUGCAGGCCCUGAGUCAAACUCAGCAGCAUGGCUGUAGAGCUGCCCGGUCUUUCCCCCCGACCCAGCUUGAGUGGACAGCGAUCCAGGAAAAGGCCGGCAUGGUGCUGGACGUGGGCUGCUUCAAUGGUGACCAGUUCUCCUGCCCGGUACACUCCUGGAGCACGGGGGAAGAGGUGGCUGGAGACAUACUGAGGCACAGGGGGCUGGCAGAUGGCUGGCGGGGCUGGACAGUGGCCAUGAAGAAUGGGGUGCAGUGGGCAGAGCUGGGGGGCCACGACUACGUGCUUGACCUGGUGUCGGACCUGGAGCUGCUCCAGGACUUCCCAAGACUGAAGUCUUACUUCAUUGUGGGUGCAGAAGGGCCCGUGGCGGGCAGAGAAGGCCUGAGAGGGGUGUUUGGGGACAGCUGGCACCUGGAGGAGGACAUGCCCACUAAGCCCCCAGACCUGGGGCAUGUGGCUGGAGGUGCUGACACUGAUGGGUGCUGCAGCCACCAGGAGGACGACUCUAGAAGCCUCAGAGAGCCCCCUGUACCCCAGAAGGGGCUGGACUGCUUCCUGGACAGCCUCUUCAGCCCUGUGCUCUCCUGUGGGGACGCGGACCUGGAGAAGCCAACAGCCAUUGCUUACCGCAUGAAGGGUGGAGGCCAGCCUGGAGGAGGCGGCAGUAGCAGCACUGAAGACACCCCCAGGAGGUCCCCAGAGCCAAAGCCAAAGCCAAUCCCAGGCCUGGACGCGUCCACACUGGCUCUGCAGCAAGCCUUCAUCCACAAGCAGGCUAUGCUGUUGGCCCGGGAGAUGACCCUGCAGGCCAUGGCGCUGCAGCAGCAGCCGCUGGGUCCCACCUCCAAGCCCUCCCCCACAGAGAGACCCCUGCCCCUGGAGGCGCGACUGAAGUUUGUGGGGAGUGGGUCCCCUGCCAAACCGGUGCUCCUGCGCACUGCCCCACAGCCCACAGCCCCGGCCCCCCUGACCAAGGCCUCCAAGCCCACCACAAAGCCUGUGGCUUCCCCCAUUCUUGUGCAGGAUCGAGCUGCACCCGAGGCCACCUGCCCCUCCCCGGAGCUGGUCCGCUACUCAACACUCAACUCUGAGCACUUCCCACAGCCCACGCAGCAGAUCAAAAACAUCGUGAGGCAGUGCCAGCAGCUGCCCAGGACAGGCCGGCCUGAGGCCUUCAGGAAGGACGGUGGGAGGGUGUUUGUGAAGCAGCCAGACCCCCAUGAGGAAGCCCUGAUGAUCCUGAAGGGGCAGCUGAGCCACCAGACAGCAGCUGCUGGCACCCAGGUGCCCAGAGAGGCCGUGGCCCUGGUGAAGCCAGUGACCAGUGCUCCGAGGCUGCCCAUGGAGCCCGCUCCAGGGCUUCCCCUGCGGUCACUGGAGCCUGAGGAGGAGCCUGUACAGACUCAGCUGCACCGCCUCAAUCCCAACUUCUACGGCUACCAGGACACCCCCUGGCGGAUCUUUCUACGCAAAGAGGUGUUCUACCCCAAGGAGAGCUACAGCCACCCCGUGCAGCUGGACCUCCUGUUCCGGCAGAUCCUGCAUGACACGCUCUCCGAGGCCUGUCUCCGCAUCUCCGAGGAAGAGAGGCUCACCAUGAAGGCCCUGUUUGCCCAGAACCAGCUAGACACACAGCAUCCCCUGGUGGCCGAGAGUGUGAAGAGGGCCGUGGUCAGCACCGCCCGGGACAGCUGGGAGGUCUACUUCUCUCGCCUCUUCCCUGCCACGGGCAGCGUCGGCACCGGAGUGCAGAUCCUGGCUGUCUCCCACACUGGCAUCAAACUCCUGCAGAUGGUGAAGGGGAGCAGGGAGGCCGGUGGGCAGCUGCGGGUCCUGCGUGUUUACAGCUUUGCCGAUAUCCUGUUUGUGACCAUCCCCUCCCAGAACAUGCUGGAAUUCAACCUCUCCAGCGAGAAGGUCAUCCUCUUUUCAGCACGAGCCCAUCAGAUUAAGACCCUGGUGGACAACUUCAUUCUGGAGCUGAAGAAGGACUCCGACUAUGUGGUGGCCGUGAGGAAUUUCUUGCCUGAGGACCCGGCACUACUGACCUUCCAUAAGGGCGACAUCAUCCACCUGCAGCCCCUGGAGCCGCCACGAAUGGGCUACAGUGCCGGCUGCGUGGUCCGCAAGAAAGUUGUGUACCUGGAGGAGCUGCAGCGGAGAAGCCCAGAUUUUGGCUGGAGGUUCGGAACUGUCCACGGGCGUGUGGGCCGCUUCCCAUCAGAGCUGGUGCAGCCCGCAGCUGCCCCUGACUUCCUGCAACUGCCCGUGGAGCCAAGCCGGGGCCGGGCUGCAGCAGUGGCCGCUGCGGUGGCCUCCACCAUGGCUGCCCGGGAGGUGGGCCGCAGGAGGGAGGGCCCCCCAGUCCGGGCUGGCUCCGCAGACCAUGGGGAGGAUAGCCUGGCUCUUCCUCCAUACUCAAUGCUGGAGUUUGCCCAGAAGUAUUUCAGAGACCCCCAGAAGAGACCCCCGGACUGCAUCCGGCUGAAGACCAGAGAGGGACGCGAGUUCAGAAGCCUGGAGGACAUGCUGUGCUUCACCAAGACACCGCUCCAGGAGUCCCUCAUUGAGCUCAGCGACAGCAGUCUCAACAAGAUGGCCACCGACAUGUUCCUAGCCGUGAUGAAGUUCAUGGGUGACGCCCCGCUGAAGGGCCAGAGCGAGCUGGAUGUGCUCUGUGCCCUCCUGAAGCUGUGUGGAGACCAUGAGGUCAUGCGGGAUGAAUGUUACUGCCAAGUCGUGAAGCAGAUCACGGACAACACGAGCGCCAAGCAGGACAGCUGCCAGAGAGGCUGGAGGCUGCUGUACAUCGUGGCUGCCUACCACAGCUGCUCCGAGGUCCUCCAGCCGCACCUCACUCGCUUCCUUCGUGACAUGAGCCGGACCCCAGGCCUGGCCUUCCAAGGUAUCGCCAAGGCCUGUGAACAGAACCUGCAGAAAACUAUGCGCUUUGGCGGCCGCCUGGAGCUCCCCAGCAGCAUGGAGCUUCGAGCCAUGUUGGCGGGCCGCAGUUCUAAGAGGCAGCUCUUUCUUCUUCCUGGAGGCCUUGAGCGUCAUCUCAAAAUCAAAACCUGCACGGUGGCCCUGGAUGUAGUGGAAGAGAUUUGUGCUGAAAUGGCUCUGACACACCCCGAGGCCUUCAACGAGUAUGUCAUCUUCGUGGUCACCAACCGAGGCCAGCACGUGUGCCCACUCAGUCGCCGUGCCUACAUCCUGGAUGUGUCCUCAGAGAUGGAACAGGUUGAUGGUGGCUACAUGCUCUGGUUCCGGCGCAUACUCUGGGAUCAGCCACUCAAGUUUGAGAAUGAGUUGUAUGUGACCAUGCACUACAACCAGGUCCUGCCCGACUACCUGAAAGGCCUCUUCAGCAGCAUGCCCGCCCGCCAGCCCAGCCAGCUGCAGCUACAGCAAGUGUCCAAGCUAGCAUCCCUGCAACACCGGGCCCAGGACCAUUUCUACCUGCCCAGUGUGCGGGAGGUCCAGGAAUACAUUCCAGCACAGCUUUACUACACUGUGGCUGGCUCGUCCUGGCUCAGUCUAGUCAGCCAGCAUCGGCAGCAGACGCAGGCCCUCAGCCCCCACCAGGCUCGAGCCCAAUUUCUGGGACUUCUCAGUGCUUUGCCCAUGUUCGGCUCCUCCUUCUUCUUCAUCCAGAGCUGCAGCAACUCAGCUGUGCCAGCCCCCUGCAUCCUUGCCGUCAACCAUAAUGGCCUCAACUUUCUCAGCACAGAGACCCAUGAACUUGUAGCAAAGUUCCCUCUGAAAGAGAUCCAGUCAACGCGGACCCAGAGGCCCACGGCCAGCUCCAGUUACCCCUAUGUGGAGAUUUCUCUGGGGGAUGUGGUGACCCAGCGCACCAUGCAGCUGCAGCUAGAGCAGGGCCUGGAGCUGUGCCGUGUGGUAGCUGUGCAUGUGGAGAACCUCAUCAGUGCCCGGGAGAAGCGGCUUACACUGCCCCCCAGCGAGAUUACCCUGCUCUGACCCCGCCCCCAGCCUUUGCCAGACCCCAGAUGCAGCUAGCCCCCAUGGAGUGACCCCUGGAAGGGCCCAGAACCUUGAGGGGACACCAAGGAGGAGCAGCCAGGUUCUAAGAAACCCGAGGAGCCUGAUGCAGAGCGAAGCAGCAUCCAGCCUGCACACUGGGCUCCAAUGGCAAGGCCUCGCCAGCAGCCCUGGCCUUCUCCUUGCCCCAGUCUCAUGGGUGGGCUCCAUGCAGCCCACCACCAGAGAGACGAGGCCACAUACCAGUGCCCUCUUCAUUGUAGGGUUCCCGGUAGGUUCUGCAGUUCAGAUCUGCUCCAGCUCCACAUGUCAGUCCCUCAGGGCCCCACCCCCACCCCCAACCACCUGGCUGCAGCUGAGCUUGGAUUCCUGAGCCUCCAGCCUGUUCUGUGCAAAUAAGAGGUACAAGAAAGGUCAGCCUAGCAACCCUUCCUCCUUGGAGCUGCCGAGUGACUGGGGAAAACAAGCCUGGGGGAAGAGGCUAGAACUGGGGGCCCACGUGCAAUUCCGCCCCCCCCCAUUGCCCAUGAGGGGAGCUUACUGCAGAGACUCCUGCCCUUACCUCGACACACCCUGUCCCUCCACUCUGCAGUCCUCGAAGAGCCCCAGGCUGCUGCCACUGGGUGAGCCACAUAAGGUUUGACAG